UAUAAAGUUUUGUGAUAGAAUUUUAUAAACAUUUUGUAUUUAAAUAGGGUAUAAUAACAAACCUCUAUGUAAGUCAUUUAUAAGAUUAUCAAUAAACCAAAAACUAGUUUGCUAUAAGAAGUGAGUGAAAGAAGUAAGAAUUAGUAUAAUAUAGUGAAAAAUGGCAUUAAUUAGAAGAGCAACCCAUGCUGGUAGUUGGUACGCAGGCUCUGGUUCGGAGCUGAAUAAGCAAUUAGAAGGUUGGUUGGGUGCGGCAGACUUAUCGCAUGGACCUGCCAGGGCAAUUAUUGCCCCACAUGCAGGUUACAGCUAUUGCGGGGCAUGUGCUGGCUUUGCAUACCGCCAGAUUAGUCCAGUUGUUGUGCGCAGGAUAUUUAUUCUGGGCCCUUCGCAUCACGUAAGAUUAUCAGGCUGUGCUCUUUCUUCCGCUUCGAUUUAUCAAACGCCGCUGUAUGAUCUACAUAUUGAUCAGCAAGUAUGCAGAGAACUCGAAGAGACUAGGCAUUUUGAAUGGAUGGAUUUAAACACAGAUGAAGAAGAACACAGCAUUGAAAUGCAAUUACCAUUUAUAGCAAAAGUUAUGGAAGGAUUCAAAGAUUCUUUUACUAUUAUUCCUAUACUGGUUGGAUCGUUAAGUCCAGAAAGGGAGGCACUUUAUGGAAGAUUAUUAACUCCGUACAUAGCUGAUCCACAAACAUUAUUUGUUACUUCCUCGGAUUUUUGUCAUUGGGGUCAACGUUUUCGUUAUACUUAUUACGAUAGAUCAUGUGGUCCUAUUCACAGAUCUAUUCAGAACCUUGACAAAAUGGGCAUGGACAUCAUAGAAACUUUAAAUCCCACAGUGUUUACUGAUUACCUUAAAAAAUAUGGUAAUACUAUAUGUGGCCGACAUCCUAUCAGUGUUCUAUUACAGGCAAUUCAUAAUUUAAAAGGGAAUACCAAUGGCCAAAGAAUGAACUUGAAAUUUCUUAAAUAUGCUCAAAGUAAUCAAUGCAAUAACAUGAAUGACAGUUCUGUUAGUUAUGCUAGUGCUUCCUUGGUUCUCGAGUGAUAAAUUAUACAUCCUCGAUAUCGUUAUUGUAAGUAAAAAAAUUUAUACAAGAAGAGAAAGUACUAAAAAAAAACGACAGUAAUGACCCAUUAAUCAUGAAACACACGAAUCAAGAUUUUCUCAAAUGUCUUUAUUAUGUGUACAAAAACUAAUACGAAAAUCGAGUAUCAAUUUACUCUCUUG